AUGGUGGUGACUGAGGAGAACAAGAGGCUGAUGCAGUCAGCAGAGGCCAGGGAAGAAGGCAGUGAGAGUGGCAGUGGCUGUUCCUUCCCUGCUGUGCUGACAAAGGGGGUUGCAGGUAUUGGAAAAACUGUGUCUGUGCACAAAUUUAUUCUUGACUGGGCAGAAGGAAAAGCAAAUGGAGAUACUGAUUUCAUAUUUGCUUUUACUUUCUGGGACCUAAAUCUGAUGAAGGGUAAAAACUACAGUCUGAUAGAACUCCUUCACCACUUUGUUCCAGAAAUGAAAGAGUUUGGAUCAGCUGAGCUUGAAAGGUGCAAAAUCUUGUUCAUCUUUGAUGGUCUGGAUGAGAGUCGACUUCUUCUAGAUUUCCAGAACAGUGAGAGCUGGUUUGACGCAACAAAGUCAACAUCUUUGGAUGUGCUGUUGACCAACCUCAUUAAGGGGAAUCUGCUUCCCUCUGCUCUCAUCUGGAUAACCUCCAGGCCAGCAGCAGCAGGUCAGAUCCCUCCUGAGUGUGUCCACCAGGUGACAGAGAUACGAGGGUUCAAUGAUCCUCAGAAGGAGGAAUACUUCAGGAAGAGAUUCAGUGAUCAGGAUCUGGUCAACAGAAUCUUUACACAUGUGGAGUCAACAAGGAGUCUCCACAUCAUGUGUCAUAUUCCUGUAUUCUGUUGGAUUUCAGCCACUGUUCUUGAGAAGCAGUUUGAUAAUGAAGGUCGUGGAGAAAUCCCCAAGACUCUGACACAGAUGUACACACACUUCCUAAUCCUUCAGUCAAGUCUAAAGAAUGAAAAGUAUCAGAAAAAUCAAGAAACUGAGCUUGAUAAGAUUUUAAAAUCAGAAAGACAAUUCCUUCGUAAACUGGGGAAACUGGCUUUUACAAACCUCCAUACAGGCAAUCUCCUAUAUUAUGAGCAAGAUCUGAGACGCUGUAACAUUAAUGUCAAUGAAGCUUCGGUGUACUCUGGAGUAUGUACAGAAAUCUUCAAAGAGGACUAUGGACUGCAUCAAAGGAAGGUUUACUGCUUUAUAUAUCUGAGCAUUCAGGAAUAUCUUGCUGCUUUAUACUCACUUUUAUAUGAAAAAGCCACUAUUAACAAAUCAAUACUAUUUCCCAAUAAGACCUGGUCUGACUUUCUGAACAGUUCAGUGGAUAAGGCCUUACAGAGCAAGAAUGGACACUUGGACCUCUACCUCCGCUUUCUUCUUGGCCUUUCAAUGGAUUCCAAUCAGAGUCUGUUACAAGGGCUACUGCCAGAGAGCAGAAACAGAUCAUUUGAUACUGAAAUAAUAGUCCAGUACAUCAAGGAGAAGAUCAGGGAGAAUCUGUCUCCAGAGAGAACCAUCAAUCUGUUCCACUGUCUUAAUGAGCUCAAUGACAAUUCUUUAGUGGAGGAAGUCCAAGGUUAUCUGAGCUCAGGAGAGCUUUCAGCAAAAGACCUCUCACCUGCACAGUGGUCAGCUCUGGCCUUUGUGUUACUGAUGACAGACAAGGAACUGGAUGUGUUUGACCUGAAGAAAUAAAUCAGAUCAGAGGAAGGUCUUCUGAGGCUGCUGCCAGUGGUCAAGGUCUCCAGAACAGCUCUAGAGUUGGACCUGAGUGACAAUGACCUGCAGGAUUCAGGAGUGAAGAUAAUCUCUGCUGGACUGGGGAACAAACAUUGUAAACUGGAGAUACUGAGACUAUCUGGCUGUUGUGUCAAAGAAGGAGGCUGUGCUUCUCUGGCUUCAGCUCUGCAUUUGAAGCCCUGUUCACACCUGAGAGAACUAGAUCUGAGCUACAACCACCCAGGAGACUCAGGAAUGAAGCUGCUCUCUAAUCUACUGAAGAAUCCACACUGUAAACUGGAGACACUGCAUGUGGACCAUGGUGGACAGUGCAGGAUUAGACCAGGACCAAGGAAAUACUUCUGUCAGCUCACACUGGCCCACAACACAGCACACAGAAGCCUGUAUCUGUCUGAGGACAACAGGAAGGUGACUUGGAGGCAAAAGGAACAGAAACAUCCUGAUCAUCCAAACAGAUUUGACUCUUUACCCCAAGUUCUGUGUGUAGAGAGUGUGUCUGGUCGCUGUUACUGGGAGGUUCAGUGGACUGGAAAUGGUGCUAAAAUAGGAGUGACUUGUAAAGGAAUCAAGAAGAAAGGAAACAGUGAUGAAUGUCGGCUUGGAUUUAAUGACAAGUCCUGGGUUCUCUGCUGCUCUGAUAGGAGAUACUUUGUGUGGCACAAUAAGAAAUGCACUGCCAUACCUGUACCCCCCUCCCCCAGAGUAGGACUGUAUGUGGACUGUGUGUCCGGUACUCUGUCCUUCUACAGCGUCUCCUCUGGUGAAUUGACCCUCCUGUACAGGUUCACCACUAUAUUCACUGAGCCCCUCUAUCCUGCAUUUUGGGUUCAGCGGGACUCCUCAGUGUCCUUGUGUGAGCUGGAUUAG